AUGCCCAAAGAGAUUGGGAACCUUCACAAGUUGGAGAAACUUUAUUUGCAAUUUAAUGAACUAAGUGGCUCCAUAGCGGAAGAGCUCUUCAAUAUCUCUACGCUAAGAAGAUGUUCCAAUAAGGGUAGUCUUCCAUCUGCUUCAAGCUACUGGCAAACAAAUCAACAUUUUCUGAAUCUAGGUGAUAACAACAUAGAUGGAGUUAUACACAGCUCAAUCUCCAAUUCUUUAAAUCUAAAGGAAUUACAUCUUAACGGUAACAAAUUCAGUGGCCCGCUUCCUAACUCUUUGGGAAAUUUGAGACAUCUUGAACGUUUGAGGUUGUUCGAAAACAACUUAUCAUCUCCGCACCUAUGUAUCUUAACUUCUUUGGCGAACUGCACAUCUUUGAAAGAAAUAGUGAUAUCAGAUAAUCCUCUUAAUGGUGUUCUUCCAGAUUCCAUUGGCAAUCUCUCAACUUCUCUUGUACUACUAUUUAAUUUAGAGGAAACUGAAAUUAGGGGAGAAAUAACAUUAGGAAUUGGUAAUUUAAUUAACGCAAACACUUUGUCCCUAUUCGGUAAUGACUUGACUGGAUCAGUGCCAAGAACAUUAUGUGAUUUACAGAGUCUUCAAGUUUUAUGGCUUGAUCAGAAUAACUUAACUGGACCCUUCCCGGAGUGCCUUUGCAAAUUGACGGAAUCGGGCUGGGUUGAUUUGUCUUAUAAUCAAAUAUCGGGUCCAAUACCAUAUUGCAUUGGCAAUACUGCCUCUUUGAGAAAUAUUUACCUAAAGUCAAAUAGGCUCACUAACAUACCCACGAGUCUAUGGAGCCUCAAAGAUCUUGUAAAACUUGACUUCUCCAAUAAAUCUUUGGUUGGUUCUUUACCUCCAGAUUUCGGAAAUUUGAAUGCCAUAACAGUAGUAGAUUUGUCGAGGAAUCACCUUUCAGGAAGUAUUCCAACCAUGGUUAGAGACUUGCAGAAACUAAUUUAUCUUUCUUUGGCUUUCAAUGAGUUACAUGGAUCUAUUCCUGAAUCACUCGGAAAAAUGAUAAGUUUGGAAUCGGCGGAUCUAUCCAGUAACAUUCUUUCAGUUAUGAUUCCAAAAUCAUUAGAGGCACUUCGGUAUAUGAAGGAUUUCAAUGUAUCAUUUGUUAAGUUUGGCAGAAAU